AGCAAGCGCUGUGACUGUGAGAACAUCGAAAAAUAAAAUAAAAAAAUAAAAAAAAAAAUCGCUAAGCGUCGUAUGGGUUCCUCUCGUUCUCUUCCAUGGACCUUCAAACCCUAAUCAGCAGCCCUUCGACGACAAACCCACUCUCUAUGUUCUGUCAUCGGGGAUUGUUGCACUUGGCCCAAACAUUCACUUCUUAUGUGAUUCUGUCAUGUAUCUUAUUUUUCUUCGCUGCAUAUGGACUGUGCUCUGUGAAUGGGAUACAAAAUUCACCAGAUUAUGAUGCUUGUGCUUCUUUUGAGAAAAGUUACAAUUUGGGUUCUUCAGACACUACCUUUAGCGACUCUAGUUUAGGAUAUGGGUUUCCAACUACCCAUAACAGUUUUGAAAGUGUGUGCCCAAACAGUCAUUCGUUCUGCUUUCCUUCAUUGUUGUCUGGAUUAUCUGAUAAAGAGAAAAUUAUGAAGGAAGAUUCUCAAGGAGAAUCUAGCAGUCAUUACAACAGUCCAUUUUGUGUAGAGUUAGCUCAAGAUAGCAGGCAGACAAGUAACAAAAGCUGGUCAUCUGACUAUGGUGUGUUUAGGUUACUUAAUGGAGGGGUUGUUUCUUGUUCUUUGAACUCAAGAGAGGGAGGGAAUGAGAUACCAUAUCUUCAAACUGAGGUUGGUCAUAAAGGUGAUAUUUCUUCCUGUGGAGGCUCUUUACUUAAGCAGAAGACAACACAUAUUGGGCCAACGAACCCUGAGAUGUCCAAAUCAAAUUCCUUUGAUGGUUCCAUCUCACCCAAUGUUAGGAUUGGCCCUACUCCACUGGACUGGGGACAAAAAUAUUUGUAUUCUUCUUCAGCAGCAUUUUUAACUGUGACAAAUACGUGCAAUGAGAGCAUAUUACACCUCUAUGAGCCAUUCAGCACGGACUUACAGUUCUACCCUUGUAACUUCAGUGAGGUUUCACUAAGACCUGGCGAAUCAGCUUUAAUUUGUUUUGUUUACUUUCCUAGAUGUCUGGGCUUGUCAUCAGCUAGCCUGAUUCUGCAGACAAGUUCUGGUGGAUUCAUAGUAGAGGCUAAAGGAUAUGCUACUGAGUCUCCUUUUGGAAUUCAGCCCGUAUCAGGUGUGGAAAUUUCUCCUGGUGGAAGGUUGAACAAGAAAUUUUCAUUGUUCAAUCCCUUUGAUGAAACCCUUUAUGUGGAGGAAAUAACUGCUUGGAUAUCAGUUUCUUUGGGGCAUAAUUCUGUUGAAACCGAAGCAAUUUGUGGUACGAGUGAUUUUCAGGUUUUUGAUACUCUUCUCUUCCCAACUAUUAAGGAUCGAUUGGUUGUGAAGAGUAGCCAAAUUGAUUCACCAGUGGUAGCAAUCAGACCACAUAGGAACUGGGAUAUUGGUCCCCAUAGCUCGGAAACUCUCAUGGAGAUGGAUAUCACAGUUGGAUUUGAGGGAAAAAUUGUUGGUGCAUUUUGUUUGCAUUUACUGAGGCCCUCACAAGAAGCGUAUCAUACUAUUAUGGUUCCUAUUGAAGCUGAAGUGGAUAACCAUUCUGCCUAUGACACUGAUGGUAUAUUUGUUUCAGCAACACUUGAGGGCCUAGUCACAUGUGAUAAUGGUGAAAUUGCUAUCGCUAUCUCUCUAAGAAAUGAUGCCCCUUAUGCUUUAAGUUUUGUAAAAGUCCUGGAAGUUGCUGAACUGGAGCUUUUCCAUAUCAAGUACAAGGAAGGAUUAAUUCUUUUCCCUGGCACAGUAACACAAGUUGGCAUUAUUUACUGUAAUCACCCUCACUUGGAUUUACAUGACUGGCCACCUGAAGUCUCCAACGUGGGAGAGAAUUGCAAACUGAUGAUUCUUACUAAUGAUUCAACUAGUCCCCUGAUAGAGAUUCCAUGUGAUGACAUAUUAUUUAUUUGUAUUGAACAUCAAAGGCUUUCAUCUGUUGGAGUAGAAGGCAAGUCUAAACUUAUCAAAUCUGGCAAUAUGAGGGAAGGGUAUGAGGGAAGAAGCAUGCGAUUGCCACCAAAUGUCAAGGGUUUUGAGACAGCAGAUGUAGAUGAACUAAUUCUUGCCAACUGGAGGUCUCAAGGAACCACUGGUGGCAUGUCUGUGCUUGAAGACCGUGAGGUACUAUUUCCGAUGAUUCAGGUUGGAAGUUAUGUCUCUCGAUGGAUCACUGUAAAGAAUCCCAGCCAACAUCCAGUUAUGAUGCAGCUUAUCUUAAACUCGGGAGAAAUAAUUAACGACUGUGGGGGUCUAGAUGAUUUAUUACACCCUUCUUCAUCUGGUAAUUUGGCUCUAGAUGAAGCUGCUACUCCAACAAAGUACGGAUUCUCUGUACCAGAGAAUGCACAGACAGAGGCUUAUGUGCACCCUUAUGAUCAGGUAACUUUAGGGCCAAUAAAUUUUUAUCCCUCCAGUCGAUGUUGGUGGAGUGGUUCAGCAUUGAUAAGAAACAAUCUUUCAGGUGUUGAGUGGAUACCUUUAAGGGGAUUUGGAGGGUUGCUUUCUCUAGUUUUGCUUGAGAGGUUUGAGCAUGUUCAGAGUGUAGAUUUUGAUCUUAAAAUGCCCAAACCGCUAAAUUUUUCUCUUCCAUAUGCCUUACUUCACAUGAAAGAGAUGACGUCUGCCUGUUCUCAACCUUUAGUGAAAGAGUUAUAUGCCAAGAACACAGGAGACUUGCCAUUGGAGGUUAAAAGUAUAAGAGUUUCUGGGAGAGAAUGUGGGUUGGAUGGUUUUAAGAUUCUUUCUUGUAGGGGUUUUGCUCUUGAACCUGGGGAGUCAACUAAAUUUCUGAUAUCAUACCAAACCGAUUUUUCUGCAUCUGUGGUGCAUCGGGAUCUUGAACUUGCCUUGGCUACUGGUAUUUUUCUGUUACCCAUCAAGGCAAGUUUACCUUAUGAUAUGCUAAGUAACUGCAAGAAAUCUAUGUUUUUAAUGCGAGUGAAAAAAUCCUUUCUUGGAUUCCUUCUUGUUGCAACCUUAAUAUUUCUGAUAUUUUGUUUUAUAUUUCCUCAAACCACUGCAUUGGGCUCCUUGGACUUCUCGUGCAAGAGUGAUGAUAACUUGGUCCACAGCACCAUAAAAAGUGCAGUGAAAACCUCUUUGCUACAUCAUAACCAGAGUAAGAGUAAGCUACCGAAGUCUGAUAAGAUGGAUCAUCUAAUGGAGGCCUCUUGUGGCAGAUAUUCUUAUGGUGAAGGCAAUCCGUCUGAACUGGGAAUAUCUGAGCAUUUGAUGCAGACUGCUGAGAAUCAUAAACAGACUAGUCAUUUAUUGGAUACUCAAAGUGAAAGAAAAUUGUCAUCCACGGCAGGUCAGAGUUCUGGUCCAAUGAAAGCAUCCCAGUUGGGUUAUCUCAUGGUCAAAACUGGUAAAGAAAAGGGUAGAAGAAAAAAGAGAAAGAGUCUCGGUGCUAAAUUAACAGCUUUGUCUGAAGUUUCAAGUAGUCAGAGUGGGAAUUCUACUCCCUCAUCUCCCUUAUCACCAGUAACCUCUGCUACACCUAAACGUAACUGGCCAUUGUCUCCUGAUGUGGAGCAACCCUUUGAGGCUCUUAGUUCUAUAGCACCGGUGGCUGCCCGACAUUCUGACAACAAUCAAGCUUCUGGUGCUGCUGCUGCUGAGGCAAAUAUAUUGGAGCCUGCUUUUCCACAUGGAAGCUGCAGUAAUAAUAUGUCUUCGUCUCAAGUGCCAUAUUCUGCUUCAAAAAGUGUUAAUGGUAUACCUGUUCAGAUACCUUGUGCUACUUCUCCCUUUUCUGUUGGACCUCCUUUCUCUUCCUUGGUGUUAGAUUCUACUGUUACUUCACAUGCUCGAGCUCCUGGAUCCAAACUUCACAACCAGAAAGCUGUUCAAGCACAAGAGGCAGGACUUGCAAAUGAUUAUACAUAUGAUAUUUGGGGUGAACAUUUUUCUGGACUUGACUUUUUAGUUCCAAAAAAUGUUACUGCCAUGAAGUCCAGUCUCGCGGAAAAUAAUUUCGACAGCUUUUUUGUAAGGGGUCCACAAACCCUUAUGACAAAUUCUCAAGAAGGCUAAUAAGUUGAAAAACUAAGUUAUUUCGCUUUUUCUUGCUUCCACUCCAGGCCUGUGUUAAUAACUUGUCGGGAGGAAAAAGAAGAAAAAUAUAGGUCUGGAUAGAACCCUCGUAGCUACAUGAAUGCACACUCCCUAUCAUGUAGUAGUGUAAAAGGAAUUUUAAUUAUGUGAAUAUUUUAACGAAACCAGUGCGUGAAAAU